GCAGUCAGUUGUAAAGGGCAACAUAGCAUCUCAUAUACGUUAUCCAGAAACCAAACUGUGGUGGUAGAGUAUACUCAUGACAAGGACACAGACAUGUUUCAGAUUGGAAGGUCCACAGAGAACCCUAUUGACUUUGUGGUGACGGACACUGUUUCUGGUAGCCAGAGUAAUGAUGAGAUGCAAAUUACUCAAAGUACAAUCUCUAGAUUUGCGUGUAGGAUAGUUUGUGACAGAAAUGCACCGUACACUGCUCGGAUUUAUGCCGCAGGAUUCGAUUCAUCAAAAAAUAUAUUCCUUGGAGAAAAAGCUGCUAAAUGGAAAAAUCCUGAUGGCCACAUGGAUGGGUUAACAACUAAUGGAGUAUUAGUGAUGCAUCCUAGGGGAGGCUUUACAGAAGAAUCCAAGCCUGGGAUAUGGCGGGAAAUUUCUGUUUGUGGAGAUGUGUAUACUCUAAGGGAAACAAGAUCAGCGCAGCAAAGAGGAAAACUGGUGGACAAUGAAACCAAUGUUCUUCAGGAUGGCUCACUUGUUGAUCUUUGUGGAGCAACACUUCUGUGGAGAACAGCAGAUGGCUUGUUCCAUACUCCAACCCAAAAGCACAUUGAGGCUCUUCGACAGGAGAUAAAUGCUGCGAGACCUCAGUGUCCAGUUGGGCUUAACACUCUAGCAUUUCCCAGCAUUAAUCGAAAAGAUAUUGUGGAAGAGAAACAGCCCUGGGCUUACCUCAGCUGUGGUCAUGUCCAUGGUUACCACAACUGGGGCCAUCGUAGUGACACAGAAGCCAAUGAGCGAGAAUGUCCUAUGUGCAGAACCAUCGGACCAUAUGUGCCUCUUUGGCUAGGCUGUGAAGCUGGAUUUUAUGUGGAUGCAGGACCUUCUACACAUACAUUUAACCCAUGCGGACAUGUGUGCUCUGAGAAAACAGCAAAAUAUUGGUCUCAAAUUCCAUUACCCCAUGGUACUCAUGCAUUCCAUGCAGCAUGUCCUUUCUGUGCUAUACAACUUAAUGGAGAGCAAGGCAUCAUUAAACUAAUUUUCCAAGGACCAAUUGACUGAUGAAGAUUUGAACAAGGGCAAAAAAAAACUCUUUUGGGAAAUACUGUGAAAAUAAUCUGCUACUGUAGCUGGAUGCCCACUUGGCGGAUGAUUGACAUAAUUAUUUUUGGAGGAAUUGGGAGGGCAAGCAGGUUGGUGUGGGAUACAGUUAAUUGUGAUGUGGAUAAUAAUGAUUAAUAAAUGUUUUACGGGUGCAGAAUUUGGAGAGCCAUUCGUAAAAGCUACAGCUGAAAAAAUAAAAGUUACCCUUUUGCUCUAACCUAUUUUGCUACAGUGUGCCCUUUGUAUAGUUUUAUAAUUUAUAUGAUUUUAAUAUAUUGCGUGUAUAUUGAAUGACUUGUCUCGGUGAAGCUGUAAAUCAUUUUAUGGCUUUUGCGUAAACUUGGCAGUAAAGUAUUUACUUAUUUAGAUUUGCUCUCUUUUAGCAAGAAUGUAUAGCGCUGAUCUGCUCAUUAACUAUAAUUUGAUUUCAUUUCUCAGGUGUGCAGAUAAAUGAUUAGCUAAGCUCUGCACCAGAGAUCAGUGGCAAGGUGGAUAUUUGUCAUAAUACUGAAGUAUUCUUCAAAAGCUUUGCACAUCUUUUGCAGUAAUGUUUCUGAAAUUCAAUGCAAUAUUGUACUUUGAAAUUAUUCUAAUUUUUGAAUGAUGAAAUGAGCUGUGAUGCCCUAUCCGCACGUCAAAGAAAAAUUUGUUACAAUUUAAUUGAAACUGAAUGAAUAUUUGUUUUAGUCUUGUUUUACAAUUAUUUUUCCAUUUGAAUUGCAUCUUCAGUGUGCCAUUAAAUACUACAUGAAAUACCAAUAAUUGCUGCAGAUUCCAGUCUGUUGCCUCUCAGCUGUGUACUGUUCAGUUCUGCUGUAUAAUGCGUUACCAGUUUCAAGUACAAUGUUUACAUAAUUUCCAGUAACAAUUCUGAUGCAGCUUUUAUUGAUUAUCAUUGUACAAACGAGCAAAGUAGCAGCAUGAAUGUUAACAGUAACAGCUGUGGACAUACCUCCUGGAAAAUUGUGGUAAAUUGAACUAUUUGCAGAGUUUAAUCUAUAAUUUAAAAUAGUUGACAGCUAACCUAUUAAUAAUGCAAACAUAACAUUUAUGAAUCUUUCCUUUUUCAAGAUUAUUUUGUAAUUUUUUUUGAGAGGGUAUAUAAAUUAAUAUGUAAGAAAGUUCUGAUGCAAUUUUGUUUAAUGCUGGCUCCUUUAAAUUGAGUGAAAAUAAUCAUGGUAAACACAAAAUUAUUGCUUCAGGAUCCAAAAAAUAUGCAGUUCUCAUUCUCACUAUUUAUUUUGUCAUGACUUUUGAGGAAACCCUAAAAAAGUGUUGUCAUCACAAAAGUUUUGGAUGAAACAGAACUUCUUUAACCAGUCUCAAAACAGAUGCACGCCUAAUUUAAUUUAUAAAACUAGUUUGAUGUAUAUGAUGCUUGCAACUGUUUCAUUGAGGUCUAGUUACAGGUUUGCAUAUCUGGUUUGUUAUAUGCAAUUGUACUGUUUAUUUGCUUAUUAUGUACAGAAUAAUUUUGAAUUGAGUAACGAGCUUCUUACCAUGGUGCUAUCCAUGUUUUAUUGCAUUUUCUUGAUUUAAAUGUAAAUUAAAGUCGAGUGACAAGAUUUUGCCCAUUAGAUUCAUAUAUUUUAAUCUUGUACUAUCACUGGUACUUUUCACUGCAAGUGAUUUUAUUUUUCUUCAGUCCAAUUAAGAUUAAUAUAUUUACUCUCCAUGUUAUAUUUUAUAACACUGUUGGUUGUAUAUAAUUUAGCUGUUACCAUUUUCAAAGGAAAUACACAAGAUACUAAAAGGUUUGACCUGUAUUUAUUGCUAAUAUGCAUAUAGAAAGAUUAGCUCCAUUAUUACUAAUGAAGUUAUUAUAGUGAGGCGUUGAGUACUGAACAAUACCAUGAUAACUCUUGCUGGCAAAAUUUCAGCAAAUACAGUAUUACACAAUAAUCAAGUUUCUUUAAAAAAUGGGGAAAAAGUUGUAGUUAAUUUUUAUCACUAACGUGCAUAAACAUCAACCUUGUCACAUGACUGGAGCUAAUUCCCAUCUGUUGUAACUUCUUUGUUAAUUUAAUGUCAGUAAAGACAUGGCCUUUUUGAUCAUUUAACCUACCAGUGUUAAUUUCUAUACAUACAGAAUGAAAAGCUUUCUGUUUAAAUUAUCUGAAUUUUGCCUCUCAAGGUGUGUGCACAUUGAGAUUUCUCUAGUUAAAAUACAAUAGCUUUACUUAAGUUUGGUUUGGAAAGAAUUUUGUUGGUGCCUAAGAUGCAAACUGAUUUUUUGUGAUGUAUUAUCACAUGCUAAUAAAGGCUUUUUUCAGAAACAGUUAUGCAUUGGAUGUAA